AGCGAACGCCCUGGUUGUAGGUAUUUUUGCGUUGAGAGACCGACCCGAGUACGAACACAUCGCGUAAGGCUCAAGCUUGCCGAUGCAGACCUGCAGAAUCUACCAUGUCGAAAAAGAGGAAGCUUGUGGCCGGUACAGACGUGGUGAGGGUUGGAGAUAAAGUGAUAUCUCUUGAGGGAUAUUUAUCAAAGAAGCAGAAGCUGGGGCAGGCCGAAGUUUGUGCGGAAGUGCCUGCCCGAAACCAUAAUGAUGGCUCCUCCACAACAUCCCCAGUACCAGAGGCAUCGCAUGGGCCGGACAACAGGAACAAAAAUACAACCGACGCCGUACAUUCAAGACAGCCAACUGGUGAUCCGCAGUAUUUUGCAGCCCGGCAAGCCCUACCACUAUGGACACGGCAGGACGACAUCCGCGGCAUCCUGCGACAGAAGGAUGUGUUGGUCCUCGUUGGUGAGACGGGCUCGGGCAAGAGUACGCAGGUCCCGCAGUUUCUGUAUCAGGAAAAGUGGUGUCAGCGGAAGAAGGUGAAGGUGAAGACUGGUGGCGGCGUGCAAGAGGUCGCCGUGGGAGGCAUGAUAGCAAUCACGCAGCCAAGGCGAGUCGCAGCAACAACACUCGCUCACCGAGUCUCCCGGGAGGUAGGCACACCUCUCAACGGACAGAGAGAUAGCGGCAGCAGCAACGGGUCCCUCUCGAAAGGUCUGGUGGGAUACUCGGUUCGCUUCGACAAUCGAGUCCCGCCCGGGACACGGAUCAAGUUUUUGACAGAGGGCAUGCUCCUCCAAGAACUCCUUCGCGACCCUCAUCUAAGGCAAUACAGCGCUAUAAUUGUGGAUGAAAUACACGAGCGCAGCGUGGACGUCGACCUCCUCUCUGGCUUUCUGAAGCAGAUUGUCUCAGGAGACAAGUCCGGACGAGGCGGGGUCCCGCUGAAGGUUGUCAUCAUGAGUGCCACAGCCAAUGUCGAAAGCAUCCGACGUUUCUUCUCCGAAGCAGAGCCGAAGCACUCCGAUGCCUCGUCCAGUUUUGAGCCCCAGUCGAAGACUCCGGUCGAGUUCCUUCAGAUCGAAGGACGGCAGUUUCCGGUCGAAAUCACGCAUACACCAAAACCAGUCCCCGACAUUCAGGAAGCACUGAUCAAGGCAAUCUUCAAGCUACACGCAGAAGAGCCGCUAUCAGACCGGUAUGGUAGGAAAGAUAUCUUGGCAUUCCUCACAGGGCAGGAGGAAAUUGAAGCGACGCAGCGACUCAUCGAAGAAUAUGCCACAAGCCUUGAUGGGAGCUUACCCAAGGUCAAGGUUUUCCCCCUCUUUGGUCAGCUGUCUAUGGAGGCUCAGCACGCAGCUUUCCAGCCGAUCAAGGGCGGCUUUACGAGAAAGAUUGUGCUCGCGACCAACAUUGCCGAAACGUCAGUCACGGUACCUGGCGUGCGAUAUGUCAUUGAUUGCGGAAAAGCAAAGGUCAAGCAAUUCCGACCGCGACUGGGCAUGGAGUCUUUGCUUGCCAAGCCCAUCUCAAAGUCGUCGGCCAUCCAGAGGGCUGGACGAGCAGGGCGAGAGGGGCCCGGCAAGUGCAUCAGGCUCUAUACCGAGGAGACCUAUGAGACGUUACAACAGACCGAUCUUCCUGAAAUACUGCGCACUGACAUCCUCAGUGCCGUCUUGACCAUGAAAGCGAGGGGGAUUGAUGAUGUAUUAUCUUUCCCUUUGAUGGAUCGUCCAGAGCUCGAGUCAAUCGAGAAGGCUCUCUUACACCUCCACAUUCUUGGAGCACUGGCAGAUGACGGGUCUAUCACAGAAAUGGGGCGCAAGAUGGUUUUGUUCCCGGUAACGCCGCCAUACGCUCGAGUACUCCUCGCAGCCGCAGAACCCAAAUAUGACUGCCUCCUUGAGGCAAUUGAUAUCAUAUCCUGCAUCACCGCUGGCGACGAUAUUUUCCUUCAGAUCAGAUUGGAAGAGACGAAAGAGGAAGUUGAAGAGCUUCGGAAGGAACUCUCUCGACGUGAAGGGGAUCUUCUAACAUACCUCACAACGAUGCAGCUCUAUGCGGCCGAGAAUGCCGACCGCGGCCAAUGGUGCAAAGAACGGAAGAUCAACAUUCGAAACAUGAAGCAGGCGCUCAAUAUUCGGAAACAGCUACGAGGCCUCUGUGUACGGGAGGGCCUGAUGGAACAGCCCUUGCAAGAUCCACAGCCUUUCACUCCGAUCUCACCCGAGCAGGCGGUCCUCAUUCUCAAGUGCUUUUUGAAAGGCUUUGCCCUGAAGACAGCGAUCCUGGCACCGGAUAGCAGCUACGUAACCUCCCAUGGCAAGCAAGUCGUCGCUAUACACCCCUCAAGUGUGCUACAUGGACAGAAGAAGGAGGCCAUCAUGUUUCUUGAACAUGUGUAUACCCAGAAGAACUACGCGAAGAAGGUCAGCGCGAUCGAGGCUACAUGGAUCGCUGAAGCUUUAGAAUAAUUGAAGGCAACUUGAUACCACAUCACCGUACUCUAUCAUGUAUUCACCACACCAUCACAUCGUCGGUGUUGCUGUUUAGGCUUGCAUGAAUGGCAUGGUUAAACGGGUGCACAGUGUCAAGCAAAGAUAACGACAUUUUAACACUG